UCUUCUGUCUCUCUUAUUUUCUCUUGUGCGUCUCUUCAUGUGGAGCAGCAGAGGUCCAUGAAUCUUCCUAUAUCUAUCGAGCCAUUCCCUUCAAAGAGAAUUCGAAACGCUGGUCUGUGGUCCAAAGUGGCUGCAGUUUUCCGUGGUUAUCGUCUAUUGACCUUACUUCGUCAGCCUCAAGAGAUUGGACAUUUCAUGACUUCCUUGAAGGAAAAUGAUGCCAGCAUUCAUCUGAGCUGUUGGUUGGACCUAGAGCGGUACAAGACGAUUUCUAAGACAGACGAGAGCAUCAGACAGGAGAAGUCAACUAUGAUUGUUAAAAAGUACCUGAACGAAGGCUACUUCUUUGGUCCUGGCAGCCCUGCCACAGAAAAACAACAGAAAGAUAUUCUAGUUAAGGCAGGUGGAGAGGAGAAGCUGCAGUCAGAAACCCUCUCAAACAGAGUUGCGAUUGCAAUCCAGGAAAUAAUCCAACCUUACCUUGAAGAAACAUGGAUGCCUGUGUUCCUCUCCUCAAAAGAGUUUGUUGAGCGACACAAAGAAAGGGAAAAGGAAAAGAUUAAAUCAGACGAUAGAGCCGCACAGCUGAACCGGAUCAAAGCAAGGAAGGCUUCACAGAUGAGUACCUCCAGAGAUAUCCUUCUGUUUCGGAGAGCUCUUCUCAACCCGUCCACCUGCAAGCAGUUCCAGGACUAUGUCUCUGUGAAAGGAGAGUUACUGGAAAAUGACGUGCGCUUCUGGGUGGAGGUGCAGAGAUAUAAGGACCUCUGCCAUUCGCACAGCAGUAUGGUCAUAAUCCAGCAUAAAAUCUCCACAAUCAUCAACUGUUUCAUCAACUCUUCCAUCCCACCAUCUGUGCAGAUCAACAUUUCUCAUGAUCAGGCUCGGCGUAUUCUGGAAAGGCGCCGUGAGCUCGGCCCUUAUAUCUUCAGAGAGGCACAGAUAGCUGUGUUCAGUGAACUGCUGAAGCUUUGGCCCAAGUUUCAAGUGCUCAGCAGGAAUCUCUCCAAAGCAAAGCUCAUUCCCCUGCUGCAGGAAAAGAGAGCCAAACACAGGGCCAAAAUACGGAAACAGAGACGACUGGAGGAGGAGGAAAGUGAAAGAAAAUUACAGUUGUUACAGGAGGAACGGGAGAAACAAGAGUCCUGUGUUAGUUCGGAGAAGGAUGAGCGUGACAGUAAUAACGAGUCGGAACAAAAAGACGUAUCUAAAAUGCCUCGGAGGUCACACAGCAGCUUCAGCAUCCAACGUACCAUGAGCCUCCAACUCGACUCCCAGAUCUUCCAAAGACCCCAAAGCUCAUUGAUGAUUCACGCAGAACCACUGCUGUGGUCAUACUCCAAGUACAUGGAAGAUCAGCAGAAGGAGCGGGAGGAUGUGCUGAGUUCGCUUGAGAAUUCUGCCUCCACAGAUUCAGACUCCAGUAUCCUGUCAGUAAACAGUAAGGAAGGCUCCCAGGUGCCAUCAAUUGCCUCCACUAGGAGGUUCACCAAAAUGAACAGAAGGGUGAAAACAUGUCCCAACCCUGGGCCCAGGAGGAGCAUCCCUGCUAUCUGAGCAGGAGUGAAGGCUGAGAGAGUAACUGAUACAUUGAUUAUAAGAAGUUGAAGACGUAUGAUAUUAGAAUAUUUCUUAUUCAGGCCUAAGCCUUAUGGGGCCUGCUGAUUGUGAAAGUAGUGAUGCCCACGGUUUCAAUACCUUUUUAGCUGCACUAAAAAUAAAAGAAUACUUCAUGUGA